GUUCAGUAUCAGGUUCCCCUUUUAACCUUCACACAAAACUCCACAGAUCCUUUAACUACUAAUGUCAUAGUAAAGAUGAAGUUCAUCACAGAGAGCGUUAUUACAUCUUUCAGGAACACAGUAGUGUUUUGCAGACAGGCUCUGAAAUGUGUUGUGCCUUAUCUCUGGGACGUUUACUGUGCACCUGCACCAGCUGGCAGAGACAUCCUGACUCUACUCUCUCUGUGCUUCUCGCUCUCCGUCGUCACUGGCGGCCUCCUCCAUAACUGGCUCUGGAGGACUCUGAGGUACGACCACGGAGCGUCCAUUCAGACCGCCUGCAUCUACAGCGUAGUCAUGUUUCUGGUGUCUUUCCUGGUUCACCCUCUGCGCUGUGUCCUCACCAUGACUCUGCCCACCGUCUGCACCACAGAGGGACGCAAACUCAUCAUCUCAGCCUCUGUCAUGGUCUUAGUGUUGAACGUCAUCCCUAAUGUUUCAGCCAACAUGGGGGCAGUUGUGUACAUCCUGAAGUGCACUGCUGAGGGAUUCACCAGGACUUUAUUGAACUCAUCUGAGCCUCUGAAUGAGGCCAAGCAAGACCUGGUUGAAGAAACCAUCAAAGUGAAAAAGGAGGACCUGAGCAUCGUCACUAAUUUAAGGAAGUUAGAUCAUUUCACACAUGUUGAUGUGUCAGAAGUUAAAAGCAGGUUUACUAAGAUGAUUGGACAGAUAGAGGUCAACUUCUCCUAUGCCAGAAACCUGCUUAAAGAAUACAAACUGCUGUCAAACAGGGUUCUUGCUGCUAUUUUUGUGGCUUUAUUAAUUUUCCAGUCUGCUCGCUACUUAAAAUCCUACCUGACGUCAGUUCAGUUUGACAACAUCUAUAUCUCUGAAGAUCUACAUGAAAAAGCAGCUGAUUCCGGCAACAGGAGCUCAGCUAAAAAUAAAAUCCAGAUUACUCUGUGUAAAAUAACAAGCCAAGAGUGUACAUCCUGUGUCAUAUCAGUAGCUGUGGUCACUUUGUAUUAUAUUGCUAUAACUUUAAUAGUAGCUUUGGAUUAUGUUGUGUAUCAUGUAGUUCAGGUGAUUGUUCCGUGGCUGCAAGAUUUUCCACCUACAUCUGCCAGCAUUAAUAUCAGUUUUAAGGUUCAGUGGUUCCCUCCUGCUCUCUGCAUCAUCCCACAGUCCUGUGUCACUCGGGAGCUGACAAACUUCCACAGAGAUUACAGAUGGACAUUCAGUCCUGAGCCGUCGCUGUGUGAUGUGACAAUUUCAGCUCCAAACCGGGGCGUGACCCUGCUGCUGGGGUGUCUGUGGAUGAUGAGUUACUUUCUGGUGUUUCUCGAGGUCUAUGCCAGGCGGUUACGCAGGAAGAUCUCUGCAUCAUUUUUUAAAAACCAAGAGGAGAAGAGAAUUGCUUACAUGUCAAAGAAAAUACAAGCCAAGCAGAACAGAAAAGAGCAAGAGGCCAUUUCUGUUCAAGUUGCUUGUGGGUAAACCUGUCACAGGAUAAUGGAUGAUAAUGUUUCUCUGUUCCAUUGGUUUUAUUUCAGUUUUGCACCUUUGCAAAGAGUUUCAGUUCUCAUAGAGCCUGAAGCUUCAGCAUCCUGCAUGAGUCGUUGCCAAGACACAUUUCCCCUGUGAGCGUAUCUCAGCUCCACAGCCUCGUCUCAGUCACUCACACCUAAACAUGGUGUGGUUUAAAAAUGAACCACAAUGAAUGCAACUCUGCCAUGGUUUUCUUUCUUCUCUCAACAGAUCAUGUGUUUUUCUCUGUUUUGUUCAUUGUGCACUGUUAUUCGGGGGUCGUAUUAACUGCCACAUUCACAGAAACCUGUUAACAUAAGCUAAAACCAUGCAAGGAUGGCCUGAUCACAAUCAAGGGUACCAGAAAGGGUGCACAUAUAGAUAAAAAAUAAUAAUGCUCUAUCA